UCAGGGGAGAUAACUCUCACACUGUGACAAAUGCGGGAAAUUUGAUGUGAUUUCUUGGUGAACUACUGAUGUUAUGGAUUUGUCAAACUUGUGAAAAUGACGUCCAUUUUGACUCCCUUUAGCAAACUUCCCAAUCGACAAGAAUGUACAGUAUUGAUUGUCGGGGACGAGGGAACCGGGAAACAUGAACUGGGGCUGGCCAUGCUGAAUCUCAAGACACCAUACUCCCUGUACAUACGGACAGCCACCUCCCUCCCACUGCCUGCAGAGAAAGAAGCGGACCGACCCAGCAUCGAUUACAUCUGCUAUCUUGUCAAUGUGACUGUGGACGACAGCAUGAAGAUUAUUGAGGAAGCUUUAUCAGCUGUUGAUGUGAAGUACUUUGUUGGCCGUUCUUCCCUGAUAGUAACUGGAGUUGAGUUCCCCAACAAGCAAGUCAUCGAGAUGGAAACCGUGUUGAAGAUGGCUGAAUCAUAUGACUUGCCGCUCAUAUUCGGAGAAGUAGAAAAACCUGAGGAGCUUCUGUCCCUGGCCACCAAGGUGACGAAGACAGUGGAGAUUGCAUCUGGCUUCAAGCGAAACGUUUCUCCAAUGUUAGUGGAAGCAACACAAAGGAACUUUGAACAGAAUCUGUGAAUAUCCAAGCAUCCAGACUGGCCCAUUGCGACCCCUGUUGAAAUGGUGUCUUAAUGCGUACAUGCAAGUGUAUGAGCCCAGGCCAAGGAGAGACAUGAACAAGACACGGUGUUAUCCCAGAUCAAGAUGUCAUAUUGAAUGCAAGAGUAUUUCUUGUUCGCUCUCCUAACUUACUUCAUCAGCAAGGAAUCGUGGUGAUAACGAAGUGUCUUCAUUUCUCACAUCCUUGAAUGAACGAGAGUGUGCAGGGUACUAGUUUUCAUGUCCCAGCAAAAAUCACUCCCAACACACCAUUGGAUUGAGGGAGUGAUUGUGUUUUUUUACGCAGCUUUUAGCAAUAUUUCAGCAUUAUCACGGCGGACCACACCAGAAAUGAGCACACGAAUGGAAUGAAGUUGGGCAGAGUUGUCAUGCAUGGCUUGUUCUUCGUGAUUCUUGGUUCAGUGCCAUAAAGAUGUGGAUCUUGCACCAUGGUCUGAUAUCGCACAGAUGUUCAGACUUUUGCAAGCAAGUGCAGUGUACUAGCUUUUUUAUAUUCCGCAAAAAUGUAUGCUUACAUAUACUUUGAAAAUAAGCCUUGUUGUAGACAAUAAACUAUUUUGUGACGUCUUCAAAA